ACAUGAGCCGCGCCAUGACAAAACGAACAUAAUGGGUUCCAACAAUCAUGGUACUAUACCAGCAUGCGCAUCCACUCUGAUCAGGAUCCAUCGCUGUCAGCUCCUUUACUUAUAGGAUUUGUAAGCGAACAGCAUAGAUUCUGAUCAGACUGCGUGGAUGCGCAGACUGGUCUGGAUCCAUGCUGGUCGCAAACGCAUUAUGUUGGUUUUGUCAUGGCGCGACUCAUGUAUGUUACUUUCACCAUGUGAUAGUCGAUCCUCAAAAGAGUUGUAACAUACCAUAUUUUUAUGUUAUAAAACACUUCAUGAAAAUUGUACGUUAACAAAUAUAGUUCCGUAACAAAAUGUUAUGUACCGUUAGGUAAUUAUUUCGAACAUUUUCACUGACUUUUCUUUCAUUCUUUAUUCAAGUAUUUCGAAAUUAUAUUCGCUUACAUUUCAAAGAAUCAUUUUAAUUACAAAUGGCAAAUAUAUAGCUUUCUUCACUGGAAAUGAGACAACUUAAGGUCCGUCUAAAGUUUAUGAGAGAUGUGAACUGUUCUAUAAAACAGGUUUACUAUUUCAUUAUCUUGUAAUUAAAGUCGUACAUCAAAUUCACAUUAAGAAAAUAAUAUAUGCUUGCAUUUGUAUGCCAAUAUUAUUAUUUUCUGAUUAAUUAAUUGAAUAAGCUUCAAAAUGAAAGAUUUAAUAUUAUACGUAUAAUCUUAAAUCAUUUCAUUUUAUCAUGUUGACAUCAUAACAUCUAGGACACUUGUCUUUCUAUAAACAUUCAUCUUAAAAUGAAAUGAUUUUGUAUUGAAAUCGUUUUUUUUAUUAUUUGAGUACAGGUUCCACAAGUUUGCGAAAUAGAGAUUAUUCAGAGCUUUUUGCACAUGUUUAUUCAUCUACAUCUAAUUGUAAAUGUGUUAAAAAAUUAUCUCUAUUUUUUAGACCUCAAAGCUUGAAUUUAUAUGCUGUGAUAAGACCUUAUCAGACGUGAUGCUUUGAACACACAUUUUAAUUUAAGCUUAAAUUUCAAUGAAAAAAAAAGUGCAUAGUAACAUUUUCGAGUCUAAUUUUUCAGCUCUAUAAUCUUUUGCUGAUUAUAUUGAUUCAUAUUGAUAUUGCAUCUUAACAAGACGAUGGCGAUCUUUCAAAGAACAUUUGUGUUGUUUGCUUUGCUUGUUGUGGUCCUUCACACAUCAGAAUCGAAUGCUUCUGUGACACGUGCUAAGAGGCAAUCACCUGGGAAAUCAUCAUUUGGUAAAUCGAAAGGAAAAAUUACUUGUAUUGAUGACAGUGAGUGUCCAGCGGGUGAUACAUGCUUAGAGAUAAACUUAGGGACAACGGUAAAAUCAUAUUGCUACACAUGUAACUGUAUGGAGCUAAACCAAUGUUAUUUAGAAGAUAGAUUGUUGCUCUGUAAUUGUUCUGGGUCCGGAUUCACCGGAUUGUAUUGCGAAACUAAUAUAGAUGAUUGCGAAAGUACACCUUGCAUGCAUAAUGGUACCUGCACUGAUAAAGUGAACAAUUACACGUGCCAAUGCAAACCGGGGUACACAGGGCUAAACUGUGAAAUUGAUAUAGAUGAUUGCGAAAAUCAACCAUGCAUGCAUGAUGGUACCUGCAUUGAUAAAGUUAAUAAUUAUACGUGUCAGUGUAUACCGGGGUACACAGGUGUAAACUGUGAGACAGAUAUAGACGAUUGCGAAAACAUAAUUUGUUUAAACGGCGGCACCUGCAUUGAUGGCGUUAAUACAUACAAUUGUGAUUGUGCUGAAGGAUACACGGGGCAAACCUGUGGAACAGUAAUUGAUGUAUGUGAUCCCAAUCCGUGUGUAUCAAGCGCCCAGUGUAUACGCUUAGCAGUAGGUUACACAUGUGCCUGUGAUCCGCCGGGUCAAAUCUCCAACACUGUUGUUCUCCAGGCUGAUAGUAUUCCACAGAGUACAUGCUCACCAGGGUAUCCAAACAGUUACCCCAUAAAUUGCAACAUGCAGUGGUACAUACUAGCAGGCGAGAACGAAAAAGUUCAAGUGGAAUUCACAGAUUUUGUCACUGAAAAAUGUUGUGAUAGGGUGUAUGUAAAAGAUGCUACAACACAGUAUUGCCUUGGUGUGCUGUUUGGAAACAGUGAUGAAGAGCCACAAUACUAUAUUUCGGGUCCUGGACCAUAUGAUUACGUUCAUGAAGAAUAUUAUCAAGGGGUUGCGACAAAAUUGUCACAGCCAUUUGUAUCCUCGAGCAAUGCAAUGUCAAUUUCGUUCUACUGUCGUGAUUCAACUGUGGUGUAUCGGGGAUUCUGCUUUACUUACAAGUCUAUAGUUUAGGACGUUUACUUGCUGCAUACACCUUAUUUUCUCGAGCUUCAAAUCGUUACGUUUUUGUCAGUGGGAUUAUUUUACUAUCUUAACGGUCUCUUAAGAUAUUUCUAUGCGAUUUUUUAUUUUGGAUUUAAUUAUAACGUUCAAUUAGUAUGUUUUUUGCUGCCAGUUGGAUUAUACUUUAAUAAGUAUGCAUACAGAUAUCCGUUUGUAUUGGUUUUAAUGUUCUAAACAUGUGUGCAGUUAAUCAUUGGAAUUAUAUUCUUGUGUUCAAUUAUUAUUUGUACGGUCAUUCGUGGGAUUAUAUUUGAUGUCUAAUUAAGUAAAUGUGGGAUAAUGUUUUAGUUUUUAAUAAGAAUGCGUUCAAUUGUCUGCGGGAUUAUGUUUAAAUGUUCAAUGGGUAUGCGUACAGUUAUUUGUGGGAUUAUGUUUUAGUAUUCAAUAAGUAUGCGUGUAAUGUUUUACUUUUCAAUAAGUACGCGUUCAAUUUUCUGCGGGAUUAUGUUUAAAUGUUCAAUGGGUAUGCGUACAGUUAUC